GACUAUUUGGGCAGCAACACUGUAAUGUAUAUUAGAACACAAAGCUUGCUGCAAGUUCUGUUAAUUUCUUCGUGCAGAUUGGCAAAACCAAAGUGUUUCUUAGAGCUGGUCAGAUGGCUGAAUUAGAUGCAUAGUGUAAUGAGGUCCUAGGAAGAUCUGCAUGUACUAUACUGAGGAAAGUGCGCUCGUUUUUUGCCCGAAAAUCUUUUCUUUUGUUACAAGAUUCGGCAAUUAGAAUCCAAUCUAUAUGCAGAGGUCAGCUUGCACGCGACUUUUAUGAAUGGAAGAGGAGAGAUAUGGCUUCUUUGAUGAUUGGAAAAUUUGGACGUAUGUUCCUUGCAAAGAAAACUUACAAGUGCUUUGCAUUUCUGUUGUUUCCAUCCAGACAGGACUACGAGGCAUGGCGGCUUGUAAUGAGCUUAGGUAUAGAAGAAAUGAAAAAGCAGCCAUCACUAUCCAGAGUCAUUUUUGUGGAUUAGUGGCUCGCAUUCAUUACAAGAGAAUGAAGAAAGCAGCGGUUACCACCCAGUGUGCAUGGAGGGUAAGAGUUGCUCGCAGAGAACUCCGCAAACAUAAAAUGGCUGCAAAAUAAGCAGCUGCUUUGCAAGCCACCAAUAGUAUUCCGGAAAAGCAACUUCAAGAACUCUCUUCACAAUUGGAGCUAGAAAAGCGCAUAAGGGGCAUGAUGAUAUCAAAUAUUCAACUCGUCGCUGUGUCAUGAUAUUUUGCAUGCAUGCACACACCCUCAGACCUUUUUGUGGGAUUUUUCUGGGUUUGUUGUUGAUGACUGAUUAAAAAAUUUCAUCUCAUUCUUUCUUCCUUGGAAGUUCUUGAGAAAAAAGGGUAUUCGACAUGAAACAAUGGCAUUGUAUUUUGCAUUAAAUAACAGUGUUAAUU